GUAUCCAUGUCCAGUAGAUUACGGAGCGAGCUUUGUGCAUGGCCUGGACGGAAAUCCCUUGAAAACUAUGUCCAACUACGAACUGCUGACUUUGGUCCACGCGGAUGGCGAUAACAUGAUGUUUGGUUCCGACGGCUCAGCACUCGCCAAAGAAACAUCCGACAGAUUAGAUUCCGCUGUGGCAACUGCGUUCUUUGUCGAUUCCCGUGAAGCAUCUCAAAAUUCCGAACCUGACCAUUCUGUGUCUCUGGGUUCCUGGCUACUGGACAGAAAAUCACCGUUCAUGGCGCGUUUCUCGACCGAACAAGAGCGGCGAUACGCAGCCCAGUUUGCUCUCGGCCUGAACGGCUGGACCGGAGCUGACCUUCAGAACGUCAGUUUUCGCUACUGGGGAUUUGAGCGCGAGUACGAAGGUGGAGAUGCGGUCGUAGCGGACGGUUAUGACAAAUUGCUGGAGCCGCUGCAGCAAAAUGUUCUCGCGUCAGGUGGAGAGAUCAAGCUUGGCGAGCAAGUGAGAGAGGUCGCUUUCGACGAGGACCAGCAACUCGUCAAAGUGGAGACGGUGAUCAAUGCCGAUAACUCCACGACGCGGACGUAUCUUGCCAAAUCGUGUAUCUGCACGAUACCGCUGGGCGUGCUGAAAUCCGCGGAAGGGUGCCCAUCCUUCACGCCUAAGCUUCCUCCGCGGCGCAUGGCUGCCAUAAACCGUUUAGGCUUCGGCUUGCUAAACAAAAUCGUACUGCAAUACCCACGCGUAUGGUGGCCACAGGAACCCGGAUUUUUCACCAUUUUGCAAGGCGGAGAAUCUCGACAAUCACUAUCAGGGACCACUUCGAACGUGCACGCAUCUCCUCGAGACUAUCUCGAUACUAUCCCGGUUUGGGCACAAUCCUACGCCCACGUUAACGGCAAUCCCAUACUUGUGCUAUAUCUCGGCGGCUCCUCCGGCCACGCGAUCGAACAACUUCCGGACGAUGAGGUGCAGACCUGGGCGCACGACCUCCUCGCCAGCCGCCUAUUCCAGCUGGCGCUGGCUGGCGGGAAGCCUCCAACACCGCUGCAAGCGCACGUCACCCGUUGGUCAUCCGACCCACAUGCACGAGGUUCAUAUACUUAUAUCCCAGCCGCCACUGCGAGCGAGGACUUGGAUUACGCACCGUCCCCACUAGACAUUGUUGAACUCAGUCGGCCGCUGUGGGGUGGGCGGCUGCGCUUUGCAGGAGAACAUACCGAGCUGGAUUGCUACGCCAGCGUGCACGGGGCGGCCAUCAGUGGGUGGAGGGAAGGAAAGCGAGUCAACAAUGCUUUAGCGGGAGUUUGGGCUGAAAUGAGUGAUUAGGCACCGUGUAUGGUACUUAGUAUGUCGGAGAAUACAACAUCUCUGGACU